AUAGCAGUGGUUGUAUGAUCUUCCUGCCAUCCAUUAUUGAACGAUUUCUAGAAAGUUUGAGUACAGUAGCAACAUAGAUUAUAUAUUUCUUCAGAAUCAACUGAAGCCUACGUAUCAAGUUCAUUAUUUCAUAUCACAGUCAUCUUAUAGAUGCUAUACAUUGUAAGGGGUAGCUAGCAAACCACCUGGCAGAGCAUCUUCUACCCAGUGCAAGUAUGAAGACUGUACUAUCUAUACUACUAUUGUCUAUGCUAAUGCACGUAUCAACAUCUCAAUUUACUCCGAACACUGGAGAAACUUUCGUGAAUAUGGUGUUAUCUGACUCAAAGCUAUUGCUUGGGACCAGUGCUGCUGUGUAUAGAGUGGACCUUGUACUUAACCAGGAACAGAGACGAGUAAUGUCUCCAAUUAGACUACUGGUGGCAGACAGUCCGACUGGAACUCUGAACGGAACUGUAAUGACCUGCGAUGCACAAUAUUGUUAUCUACUGGAGACAAACAAUCUAGACAAUACCAAGUGGCAGGUUGCAGUGAAUACUGUACUGUUACCGGGUACUGGAGUUGCUCUUGGCAGUUUUGGUAUUGGACCGAACAGAACGAGUGAUAUUACGUAUGGAGAACCGGCUAGUACCGUUAAUCGGCGAUUUGCGAAGGCUGCUUUAAGAAAUGUCAUGUCUGCUAAUCCCGAUGACUUCUUUCGGUAUGCCACAGUGUCUAACGGCAAUUCUGACGACACAACUGACUAUCUCAAAGAUGUAUUCACUUACUUGAACUAUACGUACUUCACGAUUCAACCCAAUAAUGAUGAAGUGAGAGUAGUGCGGUUCUGUCAACAAGAGCGUGGGACUCCACUCAGUGAUGGCUUUUCAUCCCAGUUUGAAAUAAAAUUAAGAUGCAGAACUGAGAAUCGAGAUAUUACUUCGUCUAGUGCCACUUUUAGACAAACUUCUCAGGGGCCAAUGAUAUUUCUGACUGUCAAUACAAUGGUGAGCAUGGGUCUUGUGAGACAAGAAGUGUGUUCCUUCAGCGUCGAUGAAAUUAACCAGAAAAUGACAGAGAAGAUUACCGACUGUGUAAAUGCAAGAGGACAAGCUGGCAUAGAAACACAAAACAACAGGAAAAUCUGCCCCACACAUUUCACUUCACCUCAGAAACAACAGAUCAUUAGUAACCAGUGUGUGCUAUUUUCCGAUCUACUACGAGGUAUAGAAGUGGACGAAUCCUUUACGCAAACUCCGCUCAUCACAGAGACCAAUCAAAUGACAGAAUUCACCUCUCUACUGGCAACUCCCCUGGACAACCAACUCUUCCUGUUUGCCGGCACUAGCAGUGGAGACGUGCUUCAGUAUCAUGUGACUGAUGAGGGUGGGUCAGAGCUGGUGCGGACUAUCCCAGUGGGUAGUGUGGGUGUGGUCAAGAUGCUCUCCUCUGAUAACGGGGAAUACGUCUACACCAUGAGCACGAACACAGUUCAUCGACACACUGUGGACAUGUGCGGCUCGUACAGCAGCUGUGACACGUGUACCUCCUCCCCCGAUCCAGUGUGUGGGUGGUGUGUACUACAAGGACGCUGUACACGACAAUCUCUCUGCCCUUCUGUACCAGAUAAGAAUGGAGUGCAACAGACAGUGUGGGUACAAACCAGUGGAGAAUGUCCCGUCAUCACCAUGGCAACACCAACAGUUAUAUACCUUGAAGAUAUUACCGCUAGUUUUGCUGGUAGUCUGCAAAUUUCUGUGUCUACAAUGAACGUAAUUAGCAAUCCACUACUGUUGGGGUUCAACUACAAGUGUCGCUAUGACUACAAUGUGCCCGGGGCUGUGAGCACAUCUGAUAGGACGGCCACUUCCAGUGGUGACAGCUUCUCUUGUUUUGCUCCUCUCCUUGGACAAGUGCCUGCCAUACCAGCGGGUAGAGAUUCUGUUGAAGUGACAGUGUCCCUGCUAGUGGGUGAUGUGAGUCUGGUUACCACGACAACACCCGUGGAAAUAACUGACUGCAAUCUACUGAAGACAUGCACGGGUUGUAUCAGCAGUGGUAUCAACAAGUGUCGCUGGUGUCCCUUCAGCCAUCAGUGUAUACCAGACAGGAACCCCUUCCAAUGCAGUGGCUCCUCUCAAGAAGUAACUAUUGGACAGAACGAUCAGUGCCCUCAGAUAACAGCCGGGAGUUACCUAGUGCAUGUUGACCACACGUAUGACAACCCUCCACUGCGUAUCACCACUAGUAACCUCUCUACUUUCAGGAGCCAGUUUGACCUGGGGCAAUUUGAGUGUGUGAUAUGUGAGGAUGAGGGUUGCAGUAACCCGCUGUUCCGAGUGCUCGCUGUCCUAGAGCCCUCAGGGGAGCUGGUUCGUUGUGAGGCCCGCUCGUACCCCACUGCUCUCACAGCGGCACGAUUCUCCGCACAGCUACAACUCGUAGGAGAGGGAGAUCGAAGGAUUGAUAAUCCUGAUGACACAAGGGUGAUGCUGUAUGACUGCUCUAAACUGGGCACUAACUGCGGACAGUGUUUGGCCAUCACUAGUAACUACAGUUGCAGCUAUUGUGGCACUGGAAACAGCUGUCAACUUGACGUCAUGUGCAGUGGAAGUGCUUAUUCUGAGCCAGUUGAUUUCAGUAUGUGCCAGGCCUCUGCUAUAACCACAUUUACCCCGAGUGCUGGUCCAGUGGACGGGGGAACCACACUGACCAUAGAGGGCCUCAACCUAGGAGCUGAGAGGGGCCACCUGAAACAUGUGACAGUGGGGGAAGCUGACUGUGCCAUCACUGAAUACAUCCCGGGAGUCAUGGUGCGGUGUGUUACUAGCAGUGUGGACAGUAGUACCUACUCUGCACGUGUCAGCAUUAGACUCAGUAUGCCUGGGGGUCAACUAACCACCGUGACCUCUCCGGAACAGUACAACUACGAGACGCCCACCCUUGAUGCAAGACCCACCCUACCAUCUAUUGGGCCCAAGUCUGGAGGAUCUAAUAUCACCAUCACAGGGCAACACCUCGUUACAGGGACCAAUCACAGUGUCCAGAUUGGGAACAUGACGUGUGAUGUGAUCGAGGUGGGUGUGGCCAUCCGAUGCACCACUGCGGGGGGUGCUGUGGGGGAGCAUAGUGUACGCGUGAUGGUGGACGAGUGGAGUGGGCAGAGGGGGUCAGGGUUCACGUACGUGGACGACCCUACCUUCGAGAGCAUUGAACCAACCAUCAGCUUUGCUGCAGGAGGUACUAACUUCAUCGUGAGAGGUACCAACUUUAACUCCAUACAAAACCCUCGGCUACUCGUAUAUGUGGACGCAGUAGAUGGGCGGGGCAAACGACAGACUCUCGAACAACAAGAGCGGACCGUGAUGACAUCACCGACAUGUGUUGCCGUGGGAAACGACGGCUCUACUCUCAGUUGCCCCGCACCUGACGUCACACUUAAUGACAGUACUGCCAUUCAAGUUGGUUUCGGACUGCUCAUGGAUGGUGUUGUUUCGGUUCAGAACCUGAAUGGGACUCUAGUGGUGUAUCCUAAUCCCACAUUCCAGAACCUGGCUGGAGAUACUCAGUUUAAAUUUGGAGAUCCAAUAAUCAUCACAUUAGAGGGUUCAGGGUUCAAAUUCUCAGUGGAUCAGGUCAGAGUUCGCGUGGCCCCCUGUUCCUCUGGAUACUGCGACUGCGAGGUCAACAUUGUCACCAAUCAGGAAACCCUCUCCUGUGAGGUGACGGCCACCAACGACCUCAUGACUGACACACCGCUCACUGUAACUGUACACAUUGGUAAUUUCUCCACAUCAGUCGGUGACAUCAUUGUAGCCAGCAACAUCGACCUGCUCAUCACAUUACUCCCCAUAUUCGUGGGAGUUGUGCUUCUAAGUGUUGCUGUGUUUAUCGUACUAGUGGCCGUCUUCUGUCGGAACACUCGUAGGAAGGAUCAACGAUAUGAACAGCUGAUUCUGGAGCUGGAGAAACUGGAAUCAAGUGUUGCCCGAGAAUGUAAACUAGGUUUUGCCGAGCUCCAGACUGAUUUGGAUGACAUCACGGACAUUGCUGGCUGUCGUCUACCGUACAGAGACAUGCAGAACUACCUCAUGGCAACCAUGUUCCCUGGGGCUAGGGACCACCCUGUCCUACACCCAAUACAGGCUCCCUCUCAUCGUCUCCCCCAACUCCAUCGAGCACUAGAGGACUUCAAUGGCCUCGUACAUGACAAGAAUGUCCUGGUCUUGAUGAUACGCAGCAUGGAACAAGAGAGAGGGUUCACUAUCAGGGACAAGUCUCUCGUGGGAUCUCUGCUGGUGGUCGCACUCAUCAACAGAUUCGACUACGCUACCGAUGUCCUCAAGAGUCUACUCUCUGACGUCAUCAACAAGACAGUCACUAGCUCCUCCCCCAAACUACUGCUCCGGAGGACAGAGACAGUGGCAGAGAGGAUGCUCACCAACUGGCUCGCAUUCUGUCUCCAUGGUUACAUCAUGGAGCAUGUUGGUCAACCACUCUACUUGACCUACCGUGCUGUCAAGACACAGCUGGAGAAGGGACCUAUCGACGUCAUCACAGGGGAGGCUAGAUACUCACUCAGCGAACAAAAGCUCAUUCGGCAAAAGGUUGAUGUGGAGGUAUUGGAUGUGUUUGUGGACUCGGAGGACGGCCUGAGGGUACCUGUCAAACUACUGGACUGUGACACGAUGAGUCAGAUCAAAGAGAAACUACUCGACGCUACUUUCAAGACGGCCCCAAUCUCCCAGCGUCCCUCCCUUAAGUCGAUCGACCUUGUGUAUGUGCAGUCUCCCCAAGCGCAGAUGAUCCUCAGAGAUGAAGACACCUCAAUGGUGAAAGAAGGAGUGUGGAAGAAGAUCAAUACACUCAAACAUUACGGUAUACGGAGCGGGGCUCUGUUUAGAAUAGUCCGCAGGAAGGAGCAUGCACCCCCAGGCAGAGCGUAUGAUCACCCUGGUAGUCUCAUCUCUAGCCACGCCCCCCGGCAACGAGGACUCUCCGAGGCAGAGGACGGGUUCAGAGUAUGGCAUCUGUUUAAGCAGAAUGAUGAUGAUGCUCGCAAGUCUCCCUUCCUCAACAAGAAGCUUGUCACGGAGAUAUACCUACCAAGAAUGCUAUCAACCAAGAGUAUUCUCCAGAAGUUUGUAGACGACUUGUUCACCAGUCUGUUCACUGUCUCCCACCCGCCAGUCUCCCCCACUGGUCGCUAUGGCACCAUGUUCCCACAGUCACCAGCUGCACAGGGACCCAUGGGAUACGCCCCUGGGGCAGACUCUGUGCCAAUGGCCAUCAAAUAUCUGUUUGAUUUCCUUGACGAUGAAGCCGACUCCGCUCGAGUGGUGGACACCGAUGUGGUUCAUAUGUGGAAGAACAACGCUCUCUCUUUGAGGUUCUGGGUGAACAUGAUCAAGAAUCCUGAGUUUGUGUUCGAUAUCAACAAGUCUCACACUGUCGACGCUUGUCUGUCCGUGAUAGCACAAGCCUUCAUUGAUGGCUGCUCCUUUGCUGACACCAAGCUCAAUAUUGACUCCCCCACUAGCAAGCUGCUCUACAACAAAGAGGUGCAGGGUUACCGGGCACAAGUGAAGCAGUACUACCAGGACAUCCAUAACCUCCCCAAAGUGCCAGAGGACGAUAUGCAAAGCUACCUUAAGCAGCUCUCAGUGCAUCAGAAUCAGAUGACAAGGAACGGUGGUGGAUUCGUUGUUGAGUCAGCCCUCUACGAGUUGCUAAGAUACGCGUCCAAGUACAAUCAGCAGAUAACGAGCAACCUCCGACUGUCAGGCCUGGAAGCAAAGGCUCAGCUGUUCGAUGGCAUCGUCAAAGUGUUUCAAACUUAACUAUUAUUUUAAGAACAGUCAAUUUAAGAACAGUCACAUGACUUUAAUCUGAUAUUGCCACCUUAUUUUCCUAAUUUGAUUUUUACAAUUAAUUUUUUAGACGUUAUGUAUAUUUAUUGUGCAAUACCUAUCUAUCACAUGCAUACAGUAUCAAAUUAAAAACUUGUGUUGUGUAUAGGCACGAAAUUUC